AUGGCCUCGACACGCCACGCUCGUUCUGACUCGCAAGACUCCGGCCCAGGGCUCGUUCGCGCCGCCUCACAUGAGACGGACCCAUUCGUCGCGCGCUCUACUUCUGUUUCAUCGGCGACUCCGCAGGCUGGUCGUUGGUCUCAUUCGCCGACCAUAAUACCCAUCCCUGGCCAGAAAACUCGGGCGCAGAGGAGAAAGAAGGACAGGAAGAGGAAGGCGAAGAAGGAGAGCCAGAAGAUGCAGACGAUCAAGGAGGAGGACGUGAAGCCGGACGUCAAACCUGACAAGAAUGGAUUCGUGCGUCUCAAUAAGGGAGAGCCGGGAUGGGAGAUGGACCACGAACCUCGACCGGGAUAUGUUCGCGUUGCGCCAGUGUCUGACCCGGAGGACGAACUCAAGGUCGAAUUAGCGGAUGGCUCUUUCGACUGGGACGAUAUCAACGAUAACCCAGAGAUCGAGCUCUUCCUCAUACGGAUGCCGAGGACUAUCCACCGUGAUUGGAUACCCAAGCUGAGGAUCAAGGAUCUCGCGCAAACAUCUCCUACGGAGAACUAUGAGGCCUUCCGCUCGACCAAAUACGUCUAUACUGCGUCGGUUGCUGACCUCUCGCGCCCAAAGGAGGAUCUCGUCAGAGACCCGAACGUGCAAGGUCUUGAGAUGCUGGACAUGGAGGUUCUACUUCCCCGUAGGAGCGAGGGCGGAAAGUUAUACAUGGCGCCGCGGGGUGUGCAGCGCACUCUGACCCUCAAAGCGAACCCCCGCUUCGACAGACCUUCGACUCUACCCGAGUCGGACACGGACACGGAGUCGCAGCUGGACGACGAACCGCGCAGAUAUCCAGAUGAGAUGUUCAGGUCUCGCUUUCUGCCCAUUGGAAGCGAGUCAGUGCCGCCCCUCCGCGCUCCCGAGCGUGUUCAACCGCAAGCGGCGUCUUCGCGUGAACUUCGCCCCAGGACGCGUAAGGACGCCGGGGAGGCGCCGGAAAACGCAGUCGCAGUCUCGACUGCGAGUGGGACAACGGUCAAAGGGAAGAGAGCCAGAGAAGACACGGAGUCUGCGCCCAAGGACGCGAAGGAGCCGCCCGCGAAGAAGAGGAAGUCAGUACGGUUCCAGAACGCGGCGUCCAAGUAG